CGAUCAGAGAUCAACACGUUCAGCAGCGCGUUACCGACCAGCCGGACUCAAUCACUGACCACUUCGCCACUCAUCUCUUUCAAAAGCCCUUAAACUGACCGGGACGUAAAUGAACACCUUUUCCUUUCCGCUUCUCCUUUUUUUAAGGAAUACAAGACGAUAAUCAGAUAUGGAGUCUGGUAGACCCCUGGCUUCAUCACCUGCACCGUUCUCCCUUCAUAUAGCCUCAUCUUCAACCAGCCCAUCCCCUGCUCCACCCCAGAAACUCCACACCAAGUCCAGAGCAACCCCUAGUCCUAUAGUCAGCUCUCCCAUCACCAUUUCUGGUCAUUCGCUGCGAAUAAUGGAGGAUGAAUGUUUAAAUAUGUCUGUCAGCCCCAAUGGUUUGAAUUUAGCCAACUCGCUCAACGCAUCAAGUUCAAGCUGCUCUGAGUUUGGAGGCCUAGGAUGUCUCGGUUUGUCUGCCUUGGCUGCUCCAUCACAGCUUGGUACUUUUCCAGAUUGGUGGCGGACAUCUGAGACACAAACCAGAGCAGCUGCAGCCUUCUUCCCCCCUUUUUUAGGUCUGCAUCCCUUCGUUUUAUCAACCUUCAAGAGCCACGAUCCUGUUGAUUUACAGUCACGGCCUUCAGUUUCUUUAGGUGUUAAUGGAACAGUGAAUGGCAGGAGUGCUUCCUCUCCUGCUGGGAACGCUCCUGCUAUGAACACUAGUUCAUUACUAGCAAAGGGAAAGAAGGAGACACCUCAAGCCAACAGUCAUGAGCCGGGCCAGCUACAUCAGAAAGCCGUUGAGAAAGCAAACCAAAAGAAACCCAACAAAAGACCACUAGAGACAUCGAGCAUGAGUGGCAGCCAAUCAGAGUCUCAAUCAGAAAGCUCCAGCGAUGUUGAGGAAAGCAGCAGCGACCCUGACGAUAUGGAAGAGGAAGAUGAUGAUGAUGAUCAGAGCAGCGACAGUGAAGAAUCCGAUUAUGAAAAACAGAGUCCAGUUAAGCGGAAAGUCAAACGGCUGACACACAACACUCCCCAGAGUAAAAAGAAGAGACCUUGCACUGUUGAUGGCAGCUCAACUCAAGACGGACAUUGUAACAGUGUUCGUUUGACUUCCUUUUAUCACCCCCAGUCUUAUUCCAGUCCUGCUGGCCUGCUUCGGUCUGCAGCACUGUUUCUCCAGAGGCCCAGGACUUCAGAAGAGGAAUGCCAGCAGCACACCAGUGUCAUACAGGCCACAGGACUGGCAGUUAGCAACAGUCCCUUACCACAAUCCCAGAGAGAGGCUUGUCCUCUGCCUUUUAGAUCUUCUCCCAGCCCCAUCUCCUUCUCCAACUCAUCAAAGCAUUUGGCCGCUUUAACAUCAGCAAAGCGCUUCCAUCCUUCAUCCUCACCAAAGCAUGCUUCUGUCUCCUCUUCUCCUAAACCUCUUGCCCUCUGCUCCACUAAAAAGUCCCUCCCUCAGUGUUCCCCACUGAAACGUCUUUGUUCGCCCAAACCCCCUUUCCCAUCGUCUUUACCCAAACCACAAACACUGCUGGCCUCAAAAGGAGAGUCCCAUAUGCCCAAAUUUUUGAUGCCCUCUAGCAAACACAGACAUCCCAUCAAUAACAUGAAGGACAGCAGUGGAAACUUCCCAGAUCAAAGCGUGUUACUCUUACACACUUCUAAAUUGAAACAGCCCCUCAAUUCCACGGAUUCUGUGAAGCAAGUUUUCUCUCAGCGACCAAAGAGCCAAAGCUGCAGUAGCAACAUGUUCCUGAACCUUUAUCCUAACGGAGCGAUCAACGGUGCAGUUCAGGAUGCCCCUCUGGCCCUCAUCACUAAGCCCCGCAUCCAGAGCAGCACCCCCAACAGCAAGCCACUCUUAGCAGCCACCAGUCCUCCCUGCUCCAUGCCUAUCAACUUGAGCACUGGCACCAAGGAAAUGUUGGACAGCUCCGCCUCCCCACUUAAGACUUCUGCUUCAUCGGAACCCAGAUCAAGGAAAACUACCAAGACUGUGCAUUCGGGAAAGAGCCUCACCAGAACCAACACAUCCUGUCUGCCUGUAGAUUUGGUCAGAGGCAGUGAGCCUGAUAUCCACAGCAGCAAAAACUCGAACGACUCUUUAGGGGACGAUUACGAUGAUGAUGAGGAUGAAGAUUCUGGGAGCAGUUUUUCAGAGUCAGAGAGCAUCCUUGGGAGCGACUCUGAUGCCUUUGAGGAUGAUGUCAAGGAGUCCGUUGAGACAGAAGCAGAUAGUGAUGCAGAAAGAAGUCCUCUGAAACUAGCUCAAACCUCAUUGUCUACUCAAAAGUCCUCCUCGAGCCUCUCAGCCACCCCCUCCCUGCUCAACAUCCAGAUUACCAAACCUCCAAGUCUACAUAGUAGUUUUUUCAGCCCCACCACCAGCACCGGAGCAAUGGGCAAACAAAGUGCACCAUCACCACCCUUCACAUUUGCUUCGCAGCCAGGAUCGGGGAGGAGGAGGAGGGUUACAGAUGAGAGAGUUCUGCGAUUGCCUCUUGAGUUUGGGUGGCAGAGAGAGACACGCAUCAGAACCGUAGCGGGACGUCUCCAAGGCGAGGUGGCUUACUUUGCACCGUGUGGGAAAAAGCUCCGUCAGUAUCCUGAUGUAGUGAAGUACUUAAUCAGGAAUGGAAUAACUGAAAUCUCUCGAGACAACUUCAGCUUUAGUACAAAAAUUAAAGUUGGGGAUUUCUAUGAAGCCAGAGAAGGGCCUGAGGGUUUACAGUGGUUCCUACUGGCUGAGGAUGAGAUUGCUCCCAGCAUCAUAGCGAUGGAUGGGAGGCGCAGCCGGCGCACAAAGUCUGAGCACCAGCCGACAGGUGAUAGCACUGGGGCUAUACAGUGGAAACCUUAUCCUCUAAAUGGUGGUGAAAAUAACUUCCAAGAUGUCUCUGAUGCCAAGUUACUUCGUAAGCUGGAAGCUCAAGAAAUAGCACGACAGGCAGCUCAGAUCAAAAUGAUGAGAAAACUAGAGAAACAGGCUAUAGCGCAAGCUGCAAAGGAGGCAAAGAAACAACAAGCAAUAAUGGCUGCUGAGGAGAGGAGGAAAAAGAGGGAACAGCUGAAGAUUCUUAAACAGCAAGAGAAGAUCAAGCGCAUUCAGCAAAUUCGUAUGGAGAAAGAACUCCGUGCACAGCAAAUUCUUGAGGAAAAAAGAAAAAAAAGGGAAGCGGCGGCGAGUGCCAGGAUACUGGAAGCUGAGAAACGUAACAAGGAGAGGGAGAUGCGAAGACUACAAGCCGUCAUACUGAAGCACCAGGAGUUGGAGAGACAUAGACUAGAUAUGGAGAGGGAAAGACGCAGGCAGCACAUGAUACUCAUGAAGGCUGUCGAGGCCCGCAAGAAGGCGGAGGAGAAGGAACGUCUGAAAAAAGAAAAGAAAGAUGAGAAACAGUUGAACAAGGAGAGGAAACUGGAGCUCAGAAGACUAGAACUGGAAAAAGCAAAGGAGCUGAAGAAGCCAAAUGAGGACAUGUGUUUAGUGGAUCAUAAGCCUCUUCCAGAGUUGUCCCGUAUCCCUGGUCUGGUAUUAGCAGGAAGCACCUUCUCUAACUGCCUGAUGGUUUUGCAGUUUCUGCACAGCUUUGGAAAGGUGCUGGGACUGGAUUUAAAUUCAGACCCGCUCACUAUAGGUGACCUUCAAGAAGGGUUACUGAACAUUGGGGAAAAUAUGGAAAAGGUGCAGGACCUGCUGGUGACCAUGCUCUCUGCAGCUGUGUGUGAUCCUGGGGUACCUGCAGGUCACAAGAGCAAAACCAUCUUGGGGGACCACUUGACUAAUGUGGAGAUCAACCGGGACAAUGUGUCUGAGAUUCUGCAGAUCUACAUGGAGGGUCACUCUGAACAGAAAGAGGUGGCCAUACUGGCUUUUAGCCUCAGGACUAAGCCUUUCCAAGCCCACAGUCCAUCACAGAAGGCCUCUGUUUUAGCAUUCCUGGUAAAUGAGCUUUGCUGCAGUAAGGCUGUGAUCAGCGAGAUCGACAAAAACAUAGAUUAUAUGAACAACCUGAGGAAGGAUAAGUGGGUUGUUGAGGGAAAGCUUCGGAAACUGAGGAGUAUCCACACCAAGAAGACGGGGAAGAAAGACAACAGUUGGGCAGGAGAGAACAACCAUGCCUUUGUGCUCCCCAGUGUUCAAAACAAAUCCAAGAGGAAAGAAGGGGACAGUGAAGAAGAGGAAGAUGAGGACGAUGACAGUGAAGACCAAAGAGAUGACGAGGAGGAGGAGGAAGAAGAAGCAGGUGGAAAAAGAGGAAAGAAAACAGACAUAUGUGAAGAGGAGGAUGACAGUGUACGCUCUGCCAGCAUCGAGGAACUUGAGAAACAGAUUGAGAAAACAUACAAGCAACAGAGUCAAAUUAGACAGAAGCUGUUUGACUCCUCCCACUUACUGCGCUCUGUGAUGAUUGGCCAGGACAGAUACGAGCGGCGCUACUGGGUCCUUUCACAGUGCGGUGGCAUUUUUGUUGAAGGCACUGAGAGCAGUGAAGGCUGUGAAGUGGAGGAGGAGGAGAGAAGAAGACAGUGGGCUACUGAGGUGAUCAGAGUAAAAGAGGAGCAGUUGGAACAGACAAAGCCGGUGAUCUCCAGCUCCACACACAGCACAGACAAUGAUACAACCAUGCCAGAGAGCCAGCAGGACAAAGACAAUCUCUUCCUUCAAAAACCUGGCUCUUUAUCUAAGCUCGGCAAACUUCUAGAAGUAGGCAAAAUGGGUCAAGAUUCAGGCAUCAAUACACAGAACAGUCAUUCUGUUAAAGUUCCCACCACUGCUUCUUAUCCUUCGUAUCCUGCCUCACAGGUAGUCCCUACUCAGCAGGGUCUGAUGGAUAAAUUGGACACUGCGGUGCCAUUUCUGCUCAGUGCUACUCAGCUGAAAAGCAUUCACUGGGUUACCCAGAGUCCUCAGUCCAGCCUUCAUUAUGACCAGCUGUCCAAGACACUGACUGAAAAAAGCAGCCAGUGGUUUAGCCUCUUUCCUCGCUCUCCUUGCGACGAGUCUUCAGUGACCUCUGGUUCCAGUCCACCAGUUUCCUCCUCUUCUCCACAACCCAUCAGAACCAAAUCCCCCUCUUUCCUCUCCACUAAUCCCUCAGCUACAGAUAGCUACAACACUACUCCCGGGAUCAGUAACACAGAAUUGCCUAUCUUUCAGCAAGUAAAGUCUGGCAUUCAUGAAGGCAGACUGACACAGCAUGACAUGUCUAGCUCAGUGGCAAGUCCCAGCCUGCCCUUCUCUGGCACACCUCUACCCCCUAUGGUGGAUCUAGCUUCGCAGCAUGCAGAGGGUCAUGGAAACGAGGCUUCUUUUCUGGAAAAUAACUCUAUCAACAAGAGCGAGACCUCAGAGUCCCCAAGUGACAAGUCCACUUGUGCCUCAUAUGCUGCUAUAGAGGGGGCCAAAACUCAAGACUACCCUUAUCCUCGGCCCAUCCCAGAGGAAAUGCUGCAUGGCUGGUGGAGUGUGUCUGACACGGAGAACCUGCACAGUCUGGUCAAGACCCUCCAUUGCCGGGGCAUCAGAGAGAAGGCCUUGCAGAAACAGAUCCAAAAACAUAUGGAGCAUAUGACCAAGCUCUGUGAGAACAGCAAAGAUGCUAUUGGUGUGACAGGGAUGGAAAAGCAGGAGGUAAGCAAGGAGGCAGUGGAGAGCUGGUGUGUUGAGGAGAAGGCCAUGGAGGUGGACAUUCGCCUGCUGCGACAGGUUGAAGCUCUGGAGAGGAAAGUCAUCUCCGCCAGCCUGCAGGUCAAGGGUUGGAUGCACCCUGAGCCCCAGUCUGACAGUAAGGAUCUGGUCUAUCAUGAGCACAAGCCCUUCUCUUCCCUGGCUCAGGAAAACAAAAGAGAGAGAGACGCCAGUCAAGAAGAUGUUCCUGGCUCUAUGGCGCGGCGGCCCAACAAUCCCCUUGACAUAGCGGUCACCAGGCUGGCAGAACUUGAGAGGAACAUUGAGCGAAGCAGUGAGGAGGAGGUGGCUCCUGGGAUGAGACUGUGGCGCAAAUCCCUCGGUCAAGUCCGCAGCUCAGCUCAGCUGUCACUCUGCAUUCAGCAGCUGCAGAAAUCCAUUGCCUGGGAACGAGCCAUCAUGAAAGUGCACUGCCAGUUCUGUCAAAAAGGAGAUAAUGAGGAGCUGCUCUUACUCUGUGAUGGCUGUGAUAGAGGCUGCCACACUUACUGCCAUAAACCCAAGAUCAAUACAGUGCCUGAUGGGGACUGGUUUUGUCCAGCUUGUGAGUCAAAGGAAAGCGGUCAAUACCCUCAUAGUAGGAAGCAGCAGAGCCGAACAGCUGGAGGAGGGAAGGAAAGUGGCGAGGGAAAACGAAGCAUUAAGCCAUCUGUGGAAGGAGAGCUCAUCAGUGAGGAGGAUGCCAGAAGGAACAGCGUGCCAAAGAAAGGUACCAAGGAGGUCAAAAAGAGGAAAGCAGACAACAGCCCACCCAGCUCCCAGGCCAAGUUUGACAGCCCCAUCUACUGUGCAAAAAAAGUCAAAACCCACAAAGAUGAGCUGGGAAUAUGCCGAGUGCUGCUGGCUGAGCUGGAGGCCCAUCAGGAUGCCUGGCCUUUUCUCACCCCAGUCAACCACAGAGCUGUUCCUGGAUACAGAAAAGUCAUCAAGAAACCGAUGGACUUCUCCACCAUCAAGGAGAAGCUAACCAGUAACCAGUAUUUAAACUUGGAGACGUUCAUCAUUGACGUGAACCUGGUUUUCGAUAACUGUGAGAGAUUUAACGAAGAUGACUCUGAAAUCGGACGAGCCGGCCACAGGAUGAGGAGAUUCUUCGACAAGCGAUGGACUGAACUCUUGCAGUGAACACAUUCCAAAGUGGACAUGUCCAACUUUCUCACGGGUGUUGGAGGCCUUCUCUUCACCUCUGACCCCAAGUGACUACACGGUUAUAAUAAAUCAAUGUGCAGUUUGAAGGACAGGACUGUGGUCUGUCUGCAAGUGUAGGCAAAACACUUAACGGAUUUGUAUCUUCAAGUGCAAUACUGUUUUGUUUAUUGAAACACACUGACUGUUCGGCUCAAUGUUGUUUGUGCGAAAUACAAUAUUGAGCAGGGACUUUACUUUUUUAUCAUCGGUACUAAGUUAUAUCUCUGUGUGUGCUGUAUGUGUAUUUAUUUUCUCAACUACUUUACAUUGCAAUCUUUUCAAAGCAGAGGCACGAGACUUAAAAUGUAUCAACUGUUGAAUAAAUGAGAAAAGCAUUACUAACAGUACCAACAGUUCCUCUGUCUAAAUGCAUUCGCGAGUUCACUGAGUAAUGCAAAGAGGGAUCACUGACACAUGAAGUGUUAAUUCUUUCACUCAAGUCAUAGUUAUUACAUGUUAAGUGUAUUUUUACUGCACGGUCUUGAUGAAGAUGAUAUCGUUGCAUAAGGAUGGUCGUAGCACUUAAUCUGAAUAUCCACUCAAAGCACUCCUCAGAAUUAUAGUGCCUGACUCUGAGGAGGAUGUUUUUCUUUUUCUAUAUGCAGUGUGUGUACUGUAUGUGUCCUGCACAGUAUAUCGUAGGAAACAUUUGCAGGAGCUGUAAUAGGAGCUUUCCUCCUUUUAAAUGUGGUGCAUAGUGUUUCAUCUCCAAGCGUUUCCUUCAAACAGAGCCUUGUCAGACAUCCCGUGGACUGACGUGAAACCUGCAUUGGAGCUUUAAUCCAUCGGGGAGUCAGUGUCACGGACCGCUGGAGGCAUCUCAAAACAGCUGAAGUCAGAAGACUUGAAGUAACUGCAUUUUAUUAUGAAAAUUGUGAAAUGAGUAGUGACUUUUGUAGGAAUAUUAUUUUUGAACACUGGUGUGGAUGGAUUAAAUAAACCUGUUUUUCA